AAAACACACAGGAAGUUCAGUAAAAGGGGAGUUCGUACGUAACGGUGAACAUUACAUAAGGGCACUUUGGUGUAGGUCUACCAGUACAACUUCUACAGACUGCAGACAGACAAGAACCUGGAACAACCAAUCAGACAGCCAGGUUACAAAGAUAGAAAGAGGGCAAACAGAAGCACAUUUUGGGGCGGCUGGAGGACUCAGUCUUUAGGAGGGGCUUGUGGUGGAUCCUUUUCCCAGAGUUUCAGAUGUUUGAGAGGAUUUAAGCUAAACAAAUGACUUCAGGACUCUUGAGCUGAUGAUAAAGACUCAGGGAAAUGAUGAAGACAGAUUAACCAGGAUGUGUCUGCGGGCUUGAACUGUAACCAGCUGGGAUUUAAGGAAAGCAAACCAGCAGUGAAUGUCAAACAAAGGGUCAGCAGCCUGCUGAGAGAGGAGCAACACUACAGGAAGGAACAAACCAGAUCAGGUCUCGGAUUCUGGUCCUUGGUCUCCAAAGUCAACUGUAGUCAUGUCGCAGGAAGGAGAAAUUACCUACGGUGAAGCUAUUGAGAAGGCCUCAGCCUCCAUCCACCGCUUCCCUCUGAUUCCGAUCAGAGGAAUUCCUCUCAUGAACUACAUCGCCCAGAACUGGGACUCCAUCUGGGCUUUCUGUCCAGACCCUUCAGACCUUCUCAUCGCCACUUAUCCCAAAGCAGGUACGGAAGCUACAUCUACAGGACUUGAAACGGUUUUUGUGUCAAAUGAAAACUUUUGUGAAAAUAGCUUUGCACAAAUUUGAAGCUCUCGUGGUUGAACCUUUCACAUUAUUUGUAUUUUAUUGUAAUCCCAGCCAUUUUAUUUGACUGCUCCAAUUUACAAUAUAUCCAUGAAGGGCAUCUUAAGAGCACUUCUAUGUACUGAUUUGUCCACAGGGUUUAGCUUAUAAGUUAGUUAGAUAUUUUCCAGCUCUUGUUAACUUUUGAAGCAAACACAGUUUUAGCUGUUGAUUCAAUGUUCAGUCUCUAUAAGAAUAUGCAGACAAGGUACAGAUGUGUAAGACACAAUACCUUGGUGUUAUGUUUACUUCUGUAACUGAAUGAGAUGUGUUUUUUGGGGACGUCAGGCACCACAUGGACUCAGGAGAUUGUGGACCUGCUACUUCACAAUGGAGAUGCUGAAGCUUGCAGACGAGCCCCCACACCUGUCCGCAGUCCUUUCUUAGAGAUCUUUUCCCCACCACCCAUCCCCUCAGGUAUGUCUGACAUGGUUAUAUUUACAUUCAUAUAAAAACAUUUAGAGUCAAAGACAUUAUUUUUUUUAUUGGUAAUUCAUACCUGAAGUUGAUUCAAAUGUAAAGAUUGAGCAGUUCCUAAUUUAAUGUCAGAUAUACACCGUGAUUUACUUCUAAAAAUAUCCAUGUCACUCCUUUUCCCUGUGGUAAUGAGUUCAUCUAAGAUAUUUUCUCAAGGUCUAGACUUAUUUGUAUUGGACCUCAAGAAAAAAUUAUUCCCAUUACAACGGAUUAACUUAUCUCAUUAUUUUAAGAUAUCAAACUUCUUUUCUGGUGAUGGUGGAAAAAGUUUUUUGCAAUUAAGAUGAUAAUAUAUAUGUCAGACCACAUGAAAUUUUUUCUGUAAGGAAGAAAAAAAUUGAGAAAACUCCAAAAUAAAGAAGUGUAUAAAAUGCACAAACACAUGUCCACUUAGGGCUUCCAUAACCUUAUGGUGCAUUCACUUAAUUCAGCAUUUGAAUACAUUUAAACUAACAGCUGCUUGACAUUUUUCAAGGCCAGUAAGGGUCUGAAAAAUACCAAAACUGCAAAACAGUUAAAACCUCCUGAUACACAGUCAGUGACUCAACACUGUAUUUAAAGUUGUUGUUAAAACAAACUUUUGAAGACACACCUUGGUUUCCACCAUCGUCGACUUUUCAAGAUGCUUUGCUCUGUUUAUAAAUCAGCCAGACACCACAUGAUCUUUCAUGUGGCUUGAAAAAAAAAAAAAAACUUUUGGCAGAUAAAGUAUGAGAGGGAAAACUUUUUAGGACAGACUGCAACAUUGAAAGGUUGAGUUAUUCCUCCUUGGUUAUGGUGCUGAAAUUGACCUUUGCUUUUGUUAAUCAUGUGAAAAGAUGUACUAUUUAGCUACUGGCAUUUUUAUUGCACACUAGAACAUCCCGACAGGUCAAGAAGUUUUCAAGUUCCUAAAACUUUCAGAUAUAGUUCUUCUUGUCAGCUGAAUUUAAAAACCCUGUGAGGAAUCUAAUCUGCAUUUGUUAUAACUUUCACAAACACGACAUGAAAAGUGAGACAACAUGGAGGAAAAGCUCCUGAUAUUGUUACAAAUCUUUCCUCCCGUACUUUUGUAUCAGGUCUUGAUUUUCUCAACAAAAUGCCACCCCCGAGAGUUAUCAAGACACAUCUCCCUUUUCAGCUGGUGCCUCUUGGAUUUUGGGAAAACAAAUGCAAGGUAAGACUCAACAAACAUUGCAGCUACUUUAACUGCCUCACACUGAACAAUAAAAGCAUGUUCAGGUUAAAGUUUACCCGUGGAUUACACAUAAAAGUUGUUAGAGGUGAACAAUAAUACAGCUAACAAGGUAAUUCUUCUGUGUAUAUUGUUUUUAAACACUUAUUUUUCCCCUCUUCCUCCCUCUCGUGUGUAAAGACUAUCUAUGUGGCACGCAACGCCAAAGAUAACAUGGUGAGCUACUUUCACUUCGACUGUAUGAAUCUGACCCAGCCUGAACCUGGACCCUGGGAGGGAUACAUCCAUAAGUUCAUGAGAGGAGAGUGUAAGUAGAUAAAAUCACAAACACUUGUUGUACUUGUUGUACCUGUUUGCACAAAGUCCGAACCUUCCCACUAAGAUACCUUAACAUUGGUAGUUAUGGUUAAUCCUUGAGUGUUACAUGCACAUUAGACCUACAUUAGAAUUAGGAUGUUUUUUAGUAUGUUUUUGAAUUUUUUUUUAAAGAUCUCAAGAGAACUUUUGGGUUGUGUUGAUUUUGGAGCCCCGCUGUGAAAUAGGUGAUACCUUACAUGUUUUUAUCCUGUAUAUGUCUUGGCAGCCUAACUAGUACUUUAACCAACCAACCAGUAAAUAAACAAAUAAACACAUAAAUUGUCUUUUUCCAAAAAUCUGUGCAGUGUAAAUGAUAAUAAAAGCUGUUUCUGUAGCCUCAUCUGGCCACUGUUUUAGGUAUUAGAAGUAACAGUGAAAUAAUAUUAAGUCUCUUAAGCUAAAGGUCUUGUUUUUCUUUUGUAGUUCAAUAUUAAUUUCUCUUUAAUAUAACGCAAAAUGUCCCUUAAAGGAGCUUUAAUUGCCAAAACUAUAUCAUUUUUAUGUUAUUUAUGGAAAUAAAAAAACAGGGACUUAAAAGGUUUUUAAAUUUUUACUCACAACUGCUUUGAGAGAGUUUGGAUAUCUGUUGAUGUUAGCACCCCCUGCAGACAGAGUGACACCUCUUCUCUCUUGGUUAAGUUGCCUGUUAGGAGACAAUAUCAUACCUGCAGCUGAAAUGAUUAAUUAAACUUGACACAAUUUUAUCAGCACUGAAUAGAUUGUUGAGUUUUAGUAGAUUCUCAGCAUCUGAUCAUGAUGAUUAUUGAAACAGAGCAGCCUAAAAAAAUCUGGGAAGCGAGGGAAGCUCUGUUUGCAAAAUGUGGCCUGUAAUUCAUUUGCCUUUUGACUCUUACAGCCUUUGAAUAGAGUGUAUAUAAUGUUUGAGCUAAGGAAGUGAUGACUUUGAACAUGAAGAUGUUUGGAUUUUGGAUCCCCUAGCUUGUUAUUCUGCUGUAUGGCUUUUAGUACAAGUUAUCCGCUCAAGAGGUACCUGGGAGGUUUAUCUUUUAUUAGCUGAAUGGAUUUGAGUGAUAAACUGUGACUGGCUGCAAGAUACACAUGCUCAUAAGGAAAUGUUUCCUCAGUGUCCUGGGGCUCCUGGUAUGAUCAUGUGAAAGGUUACUGGGCGGAGAGAGAGAAAAGAAACAUCCUUUACCUUUUCUAUGAAGACAUGAAAGAGGUAAAAACAAAAUAAGUAACCUACUUUUCACAUACAGACCUAUUAUUACCAGCAUGUUGUUCAGAUAUGUACUCUCUUUCCCUCCAGAAUCCUCGGCGCGAGGUGGUGCGCAUCAUGAAGUACCUGGACUUGUCUCUCUCCGACGAUGUUAUCGAUCGAAUCGUGGAGCUCACAUCGUUUAAGAAGAUGAAGGAGAACCCGAUGGCCAACUACACCUUCAUCCCAACACCUGUUUUCGAUCAGUCCAUCUCUGCGUUCAUGAGAAAAGGUGAACUUCUUUAAACACAUAGAAGUGAGGACUAUUAAUGUAUUUUGGUAAAGUCAUAUGAAAAUGGCUGAUCUGCUGAUGACAGAGAGCUGCCAUCCACUAGAGGUUAUUCAUACAUUACCCUUUAACAUUUUUUGGGGUCAUAUCUUGAUUUUGUCAUGAGCUCAUUACUCUUUCUCAAACUUUUGCUGAAUUUUUUAGUUUCCAUCCCCUAAAGAGAUCCACUAAAACCGAUAAAAUGAAAAAGAGUGAAAGAAAAAAAAACUUUUAGCUCUUCUAUUCAUUUAUAAAAAUUAAAAAAAAACACAAAAUCCUUGUUAGAUGAGUCAAUAAGGACAGUGAUUAUUUACAGCCACUUAGAUCACUGGAUUAGUGCUACAGGAAAGAAUUUACUCCUAAAGUUGGGAAUUUUAAAAGGAGAAAAAAUAUCUCAAAAUCAGAAAAGCAAUCCAAUUUUAUUGUGUCAUUCAUAACCUUUGACUGAGACUGGGAAAACAACAAAACAAAACAAAAAAAAAACUUAUUAUCUUGAUCCAGUAGAGGGCUGGAUUCACACAAGAUUAUACUGACAAGAUUUGAUAACAAAUUUUAAAUUGGCGCUCUGGUUAGGACUAGUGGAUAAAGGAUGUGUCCCACGUACCGAGGCUGUAGUCCUUGAGUGGGAUGCCUGGGUUCACUUUGGGCCCACGUGAUGCAUCUUUCUUUCUCUCUCCUCCUUUUGCUGCCCUAUCAUAUCCUCUGUGUUGUCAUAAACGCUCACAAAUAAACUCGGGUUAAAAGUAAAUGUAAAUUAGUCCAACAUGCCAACAAUUUUUUUUUUUUUUUACAGAAUAUGAUGAAUUAUACAUUUUCAUUGCUGUUUCGCUGUCAUUAAACAGCAGGUUCCAUAGACACUGGGAUUAUAAAAAGGUUUCAUUUCCUGGUGGUGUUAUUCACAAAAUAUUAAUCAUAAUAAAUGGAUGAAUUUGACUCAAGUUUAUGUUCCAGUUUGUGUGGACAGGAUUUGAAAUAGUCCCAUUCAGAGCACAGGUUAUCUGGAUUUGGAGGUCCUAACAAAUGUGCAUCAGGAUACUUUGAUACAGUCUGGUUCUUAUCAGGACAUAAGAUCUGGAUUACAUGGUCUUAAAUAUGAAAAAGUGGAUCUAGAAUAACCAGGACUCAAAAGAUGCUUCAAAGAUAAAACCAUUAUUACCUUAAUCCCAAUAAUCUAAUCCAUGAAAACAAGUAAAAAGAUAAAUAUGUCCUAUCUAUUCUAUUAAUCUUUUUCCUGUUAUUCACAGGUGAAGUGGGUGAUUGGAUGAAUCAUUUCACAGCGGAGCAAUCAAAGAUGUUUGAUGAAGACUAUGAGAAACAGAUGAAGGAGGCAAAUAUACCAUUCAGGACCAACAUCUAGCAAAUGUUUCCUCAGUUCUUCAGGACCAAAGAAAAAUGAUAUCUUGCAGAAAAAUAAACAUAUAUAUGAAUCAGCUUCAGAACCUCAUAAUAAUGAUUUAAACAAAUAAAUUUCUCUCCAGUUAAAAAUUGUAAUCACUACAUUAUGUUUGAUUCGCAGCACCGCCAUAAAAUGUGUGCUUAAUAAAAAUGUGCUCCACAAUACCA